UUCCUCAGCGAGAACCAAUACGCUGAUGCGAUCGUUGGAGGCAUUACGGUCCGAGCAGUUGGUAAUCGGUAGGGCGUUGACAUUGGUCGAAGAGGUGAUGCGUGUGUGACGUUUGCUGACUUUGCGGUCGUACGGUCGGUCGCUUCCCGUCGUCGAUAAUAAUACAGCCGAACCUGUUAUGAACUGAUCGCGAGAAACAUGUCAAUUAAUCUGACGAAAAACAAAGAUGCCUUAGUGGCCGCUUGGCACAGCGUGGUCGACGAUAAGUCGUCUACUAACUGGGCUGUGUUCGGAUAUGAAGGACAGACAAAUAACUUAAAAGUAGUUGGGACAGGAGAUGGAGGAUUGGAAGAGAUGAUCGAUCAAUUGAGCAGUAGUUACAUUAUGUACGCAUUUUGCAAAGUUAUCGAUACUAAAACAAGUUUACCAAAGUGUUUGCUCAUUAAUUGGCAAGGGGAAGGCGCUCCAAUUGUUAGGAAAGGAACAUGCGCGAAUCAUAUCAGAGAUGUGGAACGGCUGUUGAAGGGUGCUCACAUAACGAUAACUGCGCGCUCCGAGGAUGACGUGGAAGUAGAUGCGAUCAUGGAGAAACUCGCGCGUGCAACAGCUUCUGCGUAUAAAUUCAAUGAGCCUCGUGGUGACAAUGAAGGGCACACGGGUCCUAUUGGAACAACAUAUCGCAGAGUGAUCCCCGAACAGGAGAUAAACGCAACGGAGAGAGACCAGUUUUGGCAGAAGGAGGAGAUGGAGGAGAAAAAGAGACUGGAGCAGGAACGAAUUCGUUGCGAGCAGGAACGACAGAGGCUAGAACGGGAAAUUAGAACUCGGGAGGAGAAGGAGACGCAACUGAGGGAGCAACAGGUAACCGCCAAGGAACACACGAUCGCGCGGCAAAAGCUGGCGGAGCAACGUGCCGAGGAGGCGAACAACUUGCGCAAUCAAUUGGCGGCGAGUCAGAACUACAGCAACGACGUCGAGGACGACCACAAGUCACGGAGCGAAGAGUUGCGAAGGCAGAGGAGCAAAGAGACGCAGCAGUUGAUCGCUCAAAGGACGAUAAACGCCAGAGCCGUGUUCGAGCAGAACUCGGCGGCCGGUCAGAUGAAGACGACGUCGGUCCAACAAUUUCUACCCAAGAGCAAUCACGUGGAGUCCGUGAGGAAAGCGUUGGAGGAGGCUCAGAUAAAGGAGCAACAGUCUCUGGACGCCAAGUCUCGCGAGGAGACGCCGGCCGAGACGAGGAAACCCGCCGAGACGGUGACCGCCUCGUCCGCAGUACUUCAGUCGCAAACCUCUGCCAGCCAAGAGGCGAAAGCGAGCAAUCCUCAAGCGGAACCUACGCAAGCCGCCGAGAUCAAGGAGGAAGCCGUCGAGAACGAGUUGUACAAUCCGUUGGACGGCCCUUAUCUGUACUUCGACCCGAAUAACGAGGGUAUGAAGGCCAGAGCGUUGUACGAUUAUCAAGCCGCGGACGACACGGAGAUCACUUUCGAUCCGGGUGACAUAAUCACCCACAUAGACGCCAUCGACGAAGGCUGGUGGCAAGGGCUCGGUCCCGACGGCACUUACGGACUCUUUCCCGCUAAUUACGNAGGUAUCUUUUAA